GGCCGGAGCUGCCAGAGCCCCCCCCGGGGCCGGGAGGCUGCCUCUGGCCAGGGCUCAGCGGGCGGCUUUCUGGGACAGCCAUUUCUGAUUCCAGCCGGUGUUAAGCCGGCUGUCUGAGGGCAGAGCGGAGCCGUUCCACCUCCGCUCGGCACCGGACGGCAGCGGCAUGGCGCUCCGGGGAGCCUGCCUGCUCCUCUGCCUCCUCUCUCUUGCCCAGGUCUCCGGCCAGCAAAACUCCAAAGUCCGGCAAAAACCGGUGGCUUCCAAGAAAGAUGGUGUGAGCCUCAAAAUGAUUGAAGACCUGAAGGCCAUGAUUGACAACAUCUCUCAGGAGGUUGCUCUGUUGAAGGAAAAGCAAGCACUCCAGACAGUUUGCCUGAAAGGCACCAAAAUUCAUCUAAAAUGCUUUCUUGCGUUUUCGGAGACCAAGACGUACCACGAGGCCAGCGAAAACUGCAUCUCGCAGGGCGGCACGCUCAGCACCCCUCAGAACGGGGAGGAGAACGAUGCCCUCUAUGACUACAUGCGCAAGAGCAUCGGCUCCGAGGUGGAGAUCUGGCUGGGCCUCAACGACAUGGCGGCAGAGGGCAAGUGGGUCGACAUGACGGGCGGCCCCAUCCGCUACAAGAACUGGGAGACUGAAAUCACCACCCAGCCCGACGGUGGCAAGCUGGAAAACUGUGCCGCCUUGUCGGGGGCCGCCAUCGGCAAGUGGUUCGACAAGAGGUGCAAAGACCAGCUGCCCUACGUCUGCCAGUUCAUGAUUGUGUAGCGGCGGGGGCUCCCUCCUGCCCACGCGCAACCUGGGUCUUCUCCCUUUGGCAGCAGGAUUAUAAAGCUAUAAGUAUGUGUACGUAUACAUGUACGUAUACAUGUACAUAUGCACGCGCGCGCACAUGUUCAAGUAGAGUCACUCUUUCCAAAGAAAGUCGUCACGGCUCGGUAUCAGAUUAGAGAGCGUUAGAGCAUUUUGUUUGGCCACAUCCAGCCCCAUUAGCAGCUGCAUUGUUCUUACUAAGGCACGAUUUAUAGAUAUAUUUUUUUACACAGGGAAUUUAUUAGGACAGCUCAUUUGUUUCAGCAAAGAACCAGUGCAGCAGUCCAGCUUGGCAAACAGCCGCCUCAGCUGCCCGGGGCUGUCGCUCUGCAAUGUCCUUUCCCAUCUUGCUGAGCUUCAUUGGGACACCAACAUAGGUAGUUCCCGCUUUCUUCCCCGUAAGCCCAGACAGCAAGGUACGUGGGAUUGAUUUUCGCGUCCCUCACGGCGCCCCAAUUCAGGCUCCUGGGGAUCGAGGUCCUGGCUCGAUGGGUAGAAGGAUUUACUCCUGCUUUGCACUGAAAUAUACAGUUGGGCUUAUUGGCUGAGUACCAGCUGCUCAACAGGUUGUCCAACUUGUCCAACUAUGUGUAUGAAUGAGCCAGCAAGUAACAGCACAGGUUGACUUACUGAGAAGGGCAUCCUUUCUGGAAUCAUUCCUCAUUUUGUGUCCUUUUCUCAUCAGUCAGAAGCCAGUUUCACUGAUUUCAGUGGGAGAGCUAGACCCAUUCCAAGAUCUUUAAAAAAAAAAAAAAAAUCCCAUCAGAAGCUUUAUUUCUGCUCCA